AGGUGGGGAAGGACUGUUUCUUUUGCUGAUAAAGUGGCUCACCAGCAGGGUUAACAACCUGAACUUGGGUCGAUGCAGAACGGCGAGCGUAUGAGCCCCUAGGACUCCAAGGUAGUAGUGGUCAAGGUCAUGGAGGACCAGAAGGCCCAGAAUCAGGGGUGUAUGGCGCCCACAGCUCCUCCGCUUUCACCACCUUCACCUCCACCAACGGAGCCACCAGAAUACCCGAGACCAAGGCUCAUCUUCCACACCCAGCUGGCUCAUGGGAGCCCAACGGGGCGCAUCCAUGGAUUUACCAAUGUCAAGGAGCUGUAUGCCAAGAUAGCAGAGGUGUUCAACAUCUCCCCCUCAGAGAUCCUUUUCUGUACCUUAAACUCCCAUAAAGUGGACAUGCAGAAGCUGCUGGGGGGACAGAUUGGACUGGAGGACUUCAUCUUCGCUCACAUCCGAGGGGAGACCAAAGAAGUGGAGGUGAUAAAGACAGAAGAUGCUUUGGGUCUCACUAUCACAGACAACGGAGCUGGAUAUGCUUUCAUUAAGAGAAUAAAAGAAGGCAGCACCAUAGAUCGGCUGAAGACGGUUUGUGUUGGUGACCACAUUGAAGCUAUAAACGACCAGAGCAUUGUGGGAUGUCGACACUAUGAGGUGGCAAAGAUGCUCAAAGAGCAAUCAAGAGGCAUCCCCUUUACUCUGCGCCUUGUGGAGCCUAAGAAGGCCUUUGACAUGAUCGGAAUGAGGACCAAGGCGCCAAAAUCUAAUGAGGGCAAGUUGGUGAACGGGAGAGAGACGCUUCGACUGCGCUCCAAGGGGGCUGCUACAGUUCAGGAAGUGAACGAGUUUGAAGAACAGGCCACCAGUAAAGUAGACGAACUGUUGGAGAGCUACAUGGGCAUCAGAGACCUGGAGCUGGCAACCACCAUUGUGGAAGCGGGCAAAGACAAGAAGAGCCCCGAUGACUUUGCUGAGGCACUGGACUCGGUUUUGGGAGAUUUUGGUUUCCCCGAUGUGUUUUUGUUUGACGUAUGGGAAGCUAUUAGACACGUUAAAAAUGGCAAAAUGUAGACUCAUAUAAAUAACAGAGGUUGUUUUCUGUUACGGCCAGUUGUAAAAAAAACCCCAACAUGUAUAAUUGUUUAAAUAGUCCUUUAUUUGAGCAGUUUACCAUCAGAGAUUUGAAUGACUUACUCUCUUAAUGCAAUUGAUGCAAAACAAACAA